AUGGCUCUCCACGUUCCCAAAGCUCCGGGCUUUGCCCAAAUGUUGAAGGAUGGCGCAAAGCAUUAUUCAGGGCUUGAGGAGGCAGUUUUCCGCAACAUCCGAGCCUGUAAGGAACUUUCGCAGACCACUCGCUCGGCCUAUGGCCCUAAUGGCAUGAACAAAAUGGUUAUCAACCAUUUGGAGAAACUAUUUGUCACCAACGAUGCUGCCACCAUCCUCAGAGAGCUGGAGGUGCAGCAUCCUGCAGCCAAAAUGAUCGUGAUGGCAUCCCACAUGCAGGAACAGGAGGUUGGCGACGGCACCAAUUUCGUCCUGGUGUUUGCAGGCGCGCUGCUGGAGCUAGCUGAGGAGCUCCUACGGAUGGGCCUCUCUGUUUCAGAGGUUAUCGACGGCUACGAGAAGGCGUCCCGGAAGGCGUUGGAGAUCCUGCCCGAAUGCGUGUGCUCGUCUGCCAAGAACCUCCACGACAUCAAGGAAGCAUCGGCGCUGAUCCGGACGGCCGUCACCAGCAAACAGUACGGCAAUGAGGACUUCCUGUCCAACCUCAUCGCACAGGCUUGCGUGUCCAUCUUCCCAGAAUCUGGUCGUUUCAACGUGGAUUAUGUCCGAGUGUGUAAGAUUUUGGGUUGUGGUGUGACUGCAUCCUCGGUGCUCCACGGCAUGGUGUUCAAAAAGGAAGCUGAGGGAGACAUCACUUCAGUAAAAGAUGCCAAGAUUGCCGUCUUCUCCUGCCCUUUCGACUGUAUGGUUACAGAGACUAAGGGAACAGUGCUAAUAAACAACGCCAAGGAGCUGAUGGACUUCAGCAAAGGCGAGGAGGACAUGAUGGAGACUCAAGUCAAGGCCAUCAAGGAGGCGGGCGCCAACGUGGUGGUGACCGGCGGCAAGGUGGCCGACAUGGCGCUCCAUUAUGCCAACAAGUACAAGCUGAUGGUGGUCAGGCUGAACUCCAAGUGGGACCUGAGGAGGUUAUGCAUGACGGUGGGAGCCGUAGCUCUGCCCAGGCUGACUGCACCUACCCCUGAAGAGAUUGGUCAUUGCGACAGUGUCGCCUUGACGGAGGUGGGCGACACUCAAGUGGUGGUCUUCAAACACGAGAAAGAAGAUGGCGCCAUUUCUACCGUGGUUAUCCGAGGUUCCACAGAUAACCUGAUGGAUGACAUCGAGCGGGCUAUCGACGACGGCGUCAACACUUUCAAGGUCCUUGUUAGGGACAACCGUCUUGUCCCUGGAGCGGGAGCCACCGAAAUGGAGCUGGCCAAGCGGAUCACCUCUUUCGGAGAGACCUGCCCGGGGCUGGAGCAGUAUGCCAUCAAAAAGUUCGCUGAAGCCUUCGAGUCGUUACCACGCGCCCUGGCGGAAAACUCUGGCGUGAAGGCCAACGAGCUUAUCUCCAAGCUGUACUCGGCCCAUCACGAGGGCAACAAGAACGCUGGCUUCGACAUUGAGGGAGACGGCCCCUCGGUAAAGGACGUGGCAGAGGCUGGCAUCCUGGACCCGUUCCUGGUCAAAUUUUGGGCCAUCAAACUGGCCACCAACGCCGCCAUCACAGUACUGCGGGUCGAUCAGAUUAUCAUGGCCAAACCAGCAGGGGGCCCUAAACCUCCACAGGGGAAGAAGGACUUUGAUGAGGAAGACUGA